AUGGGAGAGGAACGAGGGGAGUUGGCCCUUUUUGGGCUAAAACUGCUUGCAGAUAGCAGCUCUUUGAGGAAAAGCCCCGAGGUGCCGGGCGAGCACGGGCAGGAGGCUGGCAGUUACCUAAAUGACUUGGAUAGAAUAUCCCAGCCGACCUAUAUUCCGACUCAGCAGGAUGUUCUGCGGACCAGAGUUAAAACUACAGGCAUCGUGGAAACUCACUUCACCUUCAAGGACCUGUACUUCAAGAUGUUUGACGUUGGUGGCCAACGGUCGGAGCGCAAGAAGUGGAUCCACUGCUUUGAAGGCGUGACAGCAAUUAUUUUCUGCGUGGCCCUCAGCGAUUACGACCUCGUCUUGGCCGAGGACGAGGAAAUGAACCGGAUGCACGAGAGUAUGAAACUGUUCGACAGCAUUUGUAACAACAAAUGGUUCACAGACACGUCGAUCAUUCUCUUCUUGAACAAGAAAGACCUGUUUGAGGAAAAGAUUAAGAAAAGCCCACUAACGAUCUGCUAUCCAGAGUACACAGGCUCCAACACGUACGAGGAAGCAGCUGCCUACAUCCAGUGUCAGUUCGAGGAUCUGAACCGGAGAAAAGACACCAAGGAGAUCUACACGCACUUCACCUGCGCCACCGACACCAAGAACGUGCAGUUCGUGUUCGACGCCGUGACAGACGUCAUCAUCAAAAACAACCUGAAGGAGUGUGGGCUCUACUGA